AAAACACGCCUCUUCUCUCGGCCAAAUUGCCGACCUUUCUUCAGCACCGGAGAUGGUGACACAGCGGGUUACCGCCCAACCGUGGCCUCGAGGCCCUCAGAAUGACCUUCACAGGGCCGCCAACGACGGCUCCGUCGAGCGAGUUGUUGCCCUGCUUGCGAGCAGAUCAUCAAUAGCUAUCGACGCGGGCGCGGAGUACGGUUGGACCCCUCUCAUGUUGGCAGCCUGGAGGGGUUCUUCGCGGGUGGUCAGGAUCCUGCUCAACAAGGGCGCCAACGUCUCAGUAGUGGCUGAGGAUGGCCACACGGCUCUACAUUUUUCCACUCAAGACGGCGGCCAUCCGGUUGUCACCAAGAUGCUGCUCAAGGCCGGUGCAGACAUCGAAGCGGUGACAUCGGAGGGAGAAACGCCGCUUCAUCUGGCUGCUAACGCAGGGUGCUGGGAAGUAGCGCAAGUGCUCAUUGAGGCAGGCGCUUGCGUCAACAGCGUCAGGUCGGAUGGAGAGACACCACUGUAUUCUGCUGCGCGCCAAGGACACAAGAAAGCAACCAGGGUGCUCCUUCGUGCAAAAGCAAAUCCGCUGUUGACGAAGCCGACGCCAUCGGGAGUAACCUUCGUCCCGUUGGACACAGCCGCGGAAUACGGACAAACGGAGGUGGUGCGAGAACUGAUCAAGCAAGUCAGUAUCAAGGGUUGCGGCGGUGCAAGUGGUGGGGUAUACGCUCUCCGCCUGGCCGCCCUCAGCCAGAAUGUCGACGUCAUGUCUGUUUUGGCAGACGCAGGAGUGAUGGAUACCGGCGAGGCCCUGAUCACCGCUGCUGGACGCAAUGACGAGGCAGGAGUGAAACUCCUUUUGCAGCAGCGACACGGUACAUCUGCGGGUGGAGAACUCUACAUGUAUGUGAACGAUACCCACGACCUUGUCGGCAGGACGCCCUUGCUUUGCAGCAUUGAUGGCGGCAUGGCAGGCUUUCGCUGUUCGCCGAGAGUGGUGCGAUUGCUCGUUGAUGCCGGAGCAGAUACGGUGUCGGCUGUUCCCUUGAAGGGAACGGCGGGGCAGAUUGGACGAAGCGUUACGCCAAUAGAUUUCGCGACCUGUUCCCUCCAUGAGAAUAUGGACGGUGGAAAGACGGCCAUGGAGAAGCACGUGCACAAGCUGAGAGCCAUUCACCGUCUUUUUUCGCAAGUGGAGGCGGAACGAAGCAGCUUCGACACCACUGACGACCAUGAUUCCGAUCCUGAGGCGAAGGGCUAUAAAACGUGGUGCACUGGUGACAGCUCUGUUGGGGUGGGUGUUGCGUAG